UCACGCUCCUCACUUUUCGUGUGACACAGCCGGGCGAAGUAUUUUGUAAACAUGGCGAAAGCUCCCGUAGGAAAGAAACUUGUCAGGUCAAAAAGUGGCAUGAAAAUAGUUGAAAUCGAUGGAUGCUACAGAAGUCCAUUCUUACUUAGUGAACCGCAUUGGGUGCCUGACAAAGAGUGUUCACGUUGUACCGGGUGCCAGGCUAGAUUUGAUUUCUUAAAGAGACGGCACCACUGUAGGCGAUGUGGACAGAUCUACUGUAGCGUGUGCAGUGGCAACCUCACUCCCCUCCCACGCAUGUGCUUCCUGGACCCAGUCCGUCUCUGCGCUCGCUGCUCAACUGUCACAACAAAGGAGAAUGAGUUUUUUGAUAAACAAUUAAAGGCACUGACGACAGGAAGUACGUUCAAGUUGCUGCCGAUUAGUGAUGUGACAAUGGACCAGUUCAUCGUCACCUGUAAAUUGUCACCUGAUUACAGAUUUUUGGAGAUAGAUGGCAUGCCAGAAGACACACUGGAGCCCAUCGACGUCAACCAGGUUAUUUCUCUAAAAAUCAAGUGCCCAAAUAAUAUGCAAGGAACCUCCCAGCCAACAAUGGUCACUGUCACGUUUUCUGACCAACAAGGCGUUAAUAGAGAGAUAACACUGGACACAGGGUUACCGAGUUCACCCACCCACAAGACAUCACGGUCGUGGAUCGUGGGAUUGCAAAAGGCGAUGAACAUGAUUUUCGAGGCGAGGGAUGUUGACUCACAAGAGUGACCUCCAUCUGCUGCUGAGAGGAAUGAGCGGAAUGAGUUCAGAUCUGAAACCAUUCACAGUAAUCCAGUUAAGACUAUUUUUCGUAACUAGUAAACGUGAGUAAAUCUCAAUCACUGUCAUUGUAACUAGAUAGAGAUGGGUUUAUCAAAGGGGGACUGCGAUGGUCCAUUUUGCUCCAUCCUACACAUGACAUUACAGUGUUUGCAUGUUGACUGCUGGCGCCUUGCUUACUAAGUUAUAAUUGGUUCUUCAUACUGGGUAGUUGUGCCACCAGUAUGAACAGAUUAAUAGUAUGCUGUACUUUCUGAAAGCUGAUCAGUUUUUAAAGUCGAGCAACUGCUUAAAAUCUCAACUUGUAUCGUAUGAAAGUGACCUAAUAUCUGUGAGAUGGCUUUUAAGAUAGGUAGAUCUGUAGAGGAAAGAUCUAUGAAGCAUUUUAUACUCAGUGCAGGGGUGGAGCCAGAAAUCUUCCAUAGUUAGACUUGAAUUUGGAGGUUGUUGCUUGAUGGGUGCAUACAAAAAGGGCCAGUGUGACUCGAAUUUGUCCUUACAACCAUCCAUAAAAGAAUGCCCUCCUCCCGUGACACGCACGCACGCGCCCACACACUCACGCACGCACGCACAUGACACAGCACAGCGCACACAUGCAUGCACGC